CAUUGAGUGUUGGGUUUCAAACUUUAUGACAGACUGAUUGUGUGUUGCGUUCAAUACGUUUGCCAUUCAUUCAAACCAUUUCCACAUUUAACCCAAAAGUGAUCCAAAAGAGACCCAAAAGUGACCCAAAAUGCCAAACGAUAGAUACUAUGCCGUAAGGGAUGGCCGACAAACCGGUGUCUAUAACUCGUGGAACGAUUGCAAGGAACAAACCAAUGGCUACUCCGGCGCUCAGUUCAAGAGUUUCAAUACACCUCAAGAGGCCAUGAAUUACAUGAGCGGCAGUAGUGGUGGUGGAGGCGGAGGUCACCGCUCGCACGGCAUGGACUACGCAUCGGCUUCGACUGGAUCUGCCCAUUCGUAUGGGAACCGCGGCGGGAGUGGCCGGUCAUCAGUGGCCUCCAGCGGGUACUCUGAGCCCCGAUUCGAGAUCCAUACAGACGGCGCGUGUCCGCGAAAUGGGAUGCCGGGCGCCAACGCAGGCAUUGGUGUCCACUUUCCCAGUCGUCCGGAUCGCGAUUUGUCCGAACCCCUGACCGGCCGUCAGACCAACAAUCGGGCGGAGAUACAGGCGCCGCGUCGUGGACUGGAAGUGGCCCGAGAGUUGGGUCACACCCGCGUGGAGAUCAAGACUGACAGUCAGUAUGUGUGGGAUAUCGCGAACGGAGCCAAAGAGGCGCACAAAAACAAACAGGACUUUCAGGAUCUGGCGGACGCCUCACAAGGAAUGAACGUCAAAUGGACCAAAGUGCCCGCGCAUUCAGGUGUGACCGGCAAUGAAAGGGCCGAUAAGUUGGCUAAAAGGGGCGCCAAUCAGAAGUGAUGCCUAUAACUGAUCAAAUGAUUGCCACUAUAUGUGAAUCACUUCUCUGAUUACUAAUGCUUUCUAAUGAC